AUGCCGAUCCGACAUUUUGACAUAUUCACAGCUGAAAGGCGACUAUUGCAGACAUCAGGCGUACAGCAACUCAAGGACACGAGACUAGGCAUUGAAGGCAACUAUUGGCUUCGUAAGAUCCUUGGCAAAGAUCCUGCUGUUACAGCCAUGGGAGGAAUGCCCUUAAAGUUGAAGGACACGGUCGAGAACGAAAUCAAGGCAUUCAAAGCCAACAACAUUCAGCCCAUCUUUGUGUUUCCCGGCUUGUCGAUUCUUCGCAAGGACAAACCCUUUUCGUUUGAGGAUAGACGACCUUCGACACGUGCCAACGGAUGGGACCUCUAUGACAAGAAUCGAUUGGAUAGUGCUUUACAGGCUUGGGGCAACGGUGGAGGCAUUCAUCUUGCCGAUCUUUGCAACUACGUAUGCCACAUCCUUCACGAACACGGCAUUGAAUUUAUACGUGCUCCUUAUUCAGCUUGGGCCCAGCUCGCCUAUAUGUAUACUCAUCCCAGACAAAUCGUCAGCGCUGUAUAUGGUGGCACCGAAUUAUUGAUGUUUGAUGUGGAUAAAGUCAUUACAUCCAUUGACUUUGAGAAAGGAAAUUACAUGUGGAUGAGCAAAAAGACCGUGUUACAAGAUCUUCAUGUCUCAGACGACCAAUUCCUUGAUAUUUGUCUCUUGGCCGGUUUCGAAUACUGUAACAGCUUUCCUCCAUUGAAUCACAGUGCAAUGAGUAUGGGCUUUACAUUCAAAGAUGUUCAUGAUCUUGUCAAGCAUCACAAGACCGGCUUCAAUACAGUACAAGCCUAUGUGGAUGAUCCAAGCGUUUCAAAGAGCCACUAUGUCGACAUGUUUUGCCGCGCAAGAUGUGUCAUCAAGUACCAUCCCGUUAUCACUGAUGAAGGCCAAGUGAGACCACUCAACAAGGAAUACGCACCCAAUGACAUCCACGAGUUUAUCGGAUAUCGACUUCCUGACGAGUUGUACUAUUAUUUGAUGCGAGGUCUAAUUAGCCCACAGUCUAUCAAUACACUGGUCUCAGGCGUUUUGAUCGAGAAUGCUCCGUUAGAUAAUGGUGAUACAACUGAAUAUCGCAACUUCCUCUUGGGAUUACUCGGCAUCCGCACCCAAACGCUUAGCCUUCUUACACAACCACUUCAUCAAUUCUAUCAAUCACGCAAAAUCGCCAGCCAUUUCUAUUUUGAUCCUACAACCGAGCACAUCAUGCAUCACCAUCCCAAUUACAAUCCUACAAGCAAUGGCAGCUCUCCCAGUAAAAAUGCAACAUUACUCAAUACGGUCUUUGAGAGCACACGUUCAUGGCACGUCACUCAAGAUGUUUUGGAUGCUGAGAAAAAGAACCAAGAUACAACGACGGUGGACAUUGCAUUUUGCAUGAAAGCAACUGAAAACGAGACCAAUGCAGCAAAAACCAUCUCUCAAACGCCCUCUGACAAGGUCCUACAACAAAAAGAUGAAAUCGUGGCCAAUGUCUUGUGGAAAACACUUGAAAUCCGCGAUUUCUUGACAUCAUCCAAGCAUAUACACACGCCAUGGGGCCAUGCAUUGCAAGUAGCCUUGACCACCACCGCCUCGAGCAACAAGAACAAGCCUACAUUUCACACGCAAGAAGCUCUGUUGACCGCCAUGGAGUUGAUCCGCUUUGAAGUGUUGACGAACAAACCUUAUACAAAGUCCUAUUCUCGCAUUGCUGGAGAUGAAAACGAUCAACGCCAUAUCCGUUUAAUCAGUCGUGCAUUGUCACUCUUGCCCAUGGAUAUCAAGCCUGAAGCAUGGAAAGGACCCUUUGAUCGUGACUUGUUGGUAUUCAACAGCUUUAUCAAGGCAUUGAACAAGAGCUAUCGCAACCUGUGUGAAAUGUUGGUGCUCUCCCUCUUCCUCAACAAUUUGGCUGAAAAAGAACGUACCGACUAUUUCGAUAUCGCCGACAGUCUACCUUAUGCUUCGGAUGUGAAUGUGGCCAUGGGUUUGGUUACCAAGCAAUAUUUGGAGCAUACCUUGUCAUCUGAUGCUGGUGUUGCUAUCCAGGCUGUGGAAUCUGCUUUCCCACUAUGCAAAUCAGUCAAACAAGACCUUGAGCAAGCAUUCAAAUUCUGGGAUGGUUUGGUGGCGGGUCUUAACGCGGUCAAGGAUACUGAAAGUGAAGCGGCUGCCAUGUUUUUGGAGGCGAACGAAUGGUUGCAAAAGAGACGACUUUAG